GUGCCCAAAUAUCAAAUGUUUUUGAUAAUAUAUUUGACAGUUUAUAUGAGUCAAGUCCAGCCGUCAACCAUGCUGUCUAACUGCUCUCCAAUUAAGCCAUUUACUGAUUAUAGAAAUUACAGAGUUAUUUGUUUGGAAAAUGGAAUUAAGACUCUUUUAAUAUCAGAUAUAAAAGAUGAAACAUCAGUUGUUAAAGAGGAAACAAAAUUGGCUGCAGGAGCAUUGUGCAUAAAUACUGGAAACUUUGAUGAUCCAAUUGAAAUACAAGGACUCGCUCACUUUCUUGAACAUAUGGUUUUUAUGGGAAGUGAAAAAUAUCCUAACGAAAAUGAGUUUGACAUCUUCUUAAAUUCUCAUGGAGGUUCAAUGAAUGCUUCCACUGGAAAUGAAGCUACAGUAUUUCAUUUUGAAGUUGAACCUGAACACCUAAAUGAAAGUCUUGAUAGAUUUGCACAGUUUUUUAUUUCACCUCUUUUGAGAGAGAAUGCAAUGAAACGAGAGUUAAAGGCAGUUGAUAAUGAGUUUAAAGAAGAUUUUCCAUGUGAUAACUCCAGAACUAUCCAACUGUUUUCUCAUUUGUCUUGUAAAGACCAUCCAUAUUCAAAGUUUUCUUGGGGUAACAAGAAGACAUUAUUGGAUACUCCAAAAGAAAUGAAUAUCAAUGUGAUAGACUACUUAAAAGUGUUUUUUAAUGAUUACUACUGUAAAAGUGAAAUGACUUUAGCUAUAUGUUCAACAGAUUCAUUAGAUUCAUUGGAAAACAUGGCUAGGAAGCAUUUUUCUACUAUUAAAGCAAGACCUUCCGUUCGUUUAAAAAUGAAGCCGUAUAAUAGUCCUUUCGAUAUGUCAAAGUUCAAUAAAUUGAUAUAUGUUUCACCUGUUAAAGAAGUACACAAGCUGCUUCUAACAUGGAACAUCCCAUCUCAAAGUUUUCAUUAUAAAUGUAAACCAUCAGAUUAUGUUAGUCACAUUAUUGGAGAUGAAAGGAAAGGAAGCAUUUAUUCAUUUCUGCGAAAAAAAGGAUAUCUUAUUGAUCUUUGUGCAUAUACUCAAAGCUGGUCAAUGUUUGGUUUGUUUAAUUGUGAAAUAGAGUUAACGGAGAAAGGUCUUGACCAUAUUGAAGAGGUUGUUCAAACAGUUUUUCAGAGCAUUGAAAUGUUGAGAAGAAAUGGUCCUUCAAAACAGAUAUUUGACAUAAACCAGCAAAUUCAACAGUAUUGUUUUAACUAUCUGGAACAAGAUGAUCCUAUGGACUAUGUUGAAACACUUGUUCACAAUAUGAUGAAUUUUGAAGUAAAUGACUAUCUUUGUGGAAACAUUUUAACUUAUGAUUAUAGGCCAGAGCUUAUUGAAGAAGUUUUAAAUUGUCUUCAAAAGGAGAAGGUUAAUAUUAUGAUUUCAUCAAAACGUUAUUCUGAGUUAUGUGACCAAAUUGAGCCAUGGUUUGCUACAAAAUAUCAUAUAAAAGACAUACCUUCCAGUUGGAUAGACCAAGAAAAGUGUUCAGAAGUAAAUAAUGAUAUUUUUUUGCCUGAGCAAAAUAGAUUUAUAGUGGACAAUUUUGAACUUAAAAUUGCAAAUAAUCAUGUUGAUGUACCUGUAAUGCUUACAGAUACAGAUUCUGGAAGAGUUUGGUUUAAACCUGAUUUUAAGUUUAUGCUUCCAAAAGCUCGAAUAUAUUUGAAACUUGUAUCAGCAGUUACAAGUACUGUUGAGUUUUAUUUUGUAUGUGCUGACAUGUUUAACGAAUUGUUAAAAUAUCAUUUAAAUGAACUUAUUUAUGAGGCAGAGCUUGCGUUGUUUGGUAUUGAGCUUGAUGUUAAUGAAGAAUUGUCCAGAACAUUGGUUUUCAAUGGUUUUAACCAGAAAUUAACUAAGUUGUUUCAGAAUGUAAUUACUGGUGUCAAAGAGUUCUCUUUUACUGAUAACCAAUUUGAAAUGGCAAAAGAAGAAAUGAAAAGACAAUAUAAAAAUGCAUUACUUGAGACAGAUCAUUUCAUGCACACACUUCGACUUUAUAUUCUCGUUGACAAGAAUAAAAACCCUAUCGAAAGUUUGAAAAUAUUAAAGGAGUUGACAUCAGACCAAAUGAAACAACAUGUAACUGAAGUCAUGCAACAGAUGUAUGUGGAAAGCUUAUACCAAGGAAAUUUGUUAAAAGAAGAGGUUGAAGAUCUUCAGAGUUUUAUAUACAGUACAUUAAAGUUCAAUCAUCUUCCAAGAUCAGAAUUUGUAAAACUUAGAUCAUUAGAAUUACCUUUGGGGCGAUCUCUGUGUCGACAUUAUGGUUUCAAUAAUACUGAUCCUAAUUCCUCCAUUAUGGUAUAUUUCCAGAUUGGACCAAUAAGUCUUCGUUUAUAUGCCAUUGCUUCAAUAGUAAAGGUUAUUAUGGAUGAGCCUUUGUUUGAUAUAUUAAGAACGCAGCAACAGUUAGGAUAUACUAUAUACUGUUCAGUCCAUGAAACAAAUUCUAUUCUUGGGUAUUCAAUAGCAGUUCAUACUGAAGCUAAUAAAUUUAGCCCUGAUCAUGUGGAUAAAAAAAUAAUGGAGUUUGUAAGCACAUUUUUCAUGAAGUUGAAAGACAUGUCACAUGAAGAAUACAAUGAUUAUAUAAAUUCAUAUGUGAAACAUUUGAAGCAAGCUGAUCUAAGUUUAAACGACGAAUGUAGAAGAAAUUGGCGCGAAAUAUUCAACUCCAAUUACAUAUUUGAUCGAAGGCAACGAUUGAUUUCAAUAUCUGAGAAGUUAACAAAAGAUGAUAUUCAAAAAUUUGUUAAAGAUUUUAUGCUUGAUGAAGAGGGUGUUAGAGCUCUGUGUAUACAAGUGGUCGGACAUGCGGAUAAAGAAAUUAUUGAAAAUGAAAGUUCUGAAGAAGAGUUUUAUUCAGAUACAAGUGAUUUUUCUAGUAGUGAGUGUGAAAGCGAACAAUCUGAAGAAUGUGAAAGCGAACAAUCAGGCGAAAGUGAAAAAUCUCAUCAAUCUUAUAUAAAAGAAUAUCUGGAUUUUGAAUUAAAAUUAAUUCCGUCAGAGUGCGAACGUUACCAAAGGUGUAUAAAAAAUAUAGACAUUUUUAAAAAUAGUUACAGGUUAUUUUCUGUAUCGACAGCUACUGAAGAUAUAUUUUAGUAAUAUAUUUUUAAA